AGGCACAGUAAACUUUUUGAGGUUAUGUAUUUAAAAAUUAUUCGGUUAUGUCAAAGCAUCUUCUAAAUCUAAAAUCUAAAGAAAAUAAGGAAAAAGGAUAAUUUUACGUUAAAAGUUGAUCUGUAAAUGCGACGAUGGCUACAUUAAUCCCCAGAUCAUCGGAGAAGCUUCAAUUUUUGGGAGUAUGUCUUAUUGACACUCUCGAAGAUGAGGAUUUCAGUUCCUUGCAGCUUCUCCUGGAAGAGUACCGAGCAAAUCCCAGUGUCAUUGUGAAGAGCAUGGGUUAUGCAGCAGUACACUAUGUGUCUGGCAUGGAGAACAAAACAUUUGCCAAUAAGGCCUCUCAACUGAUUUUUGGUGAAUUUAAUGGAGAUCCCAAUGUCCAGGAAGUUUACGGUGGGAUGACGCCAAUGCAUAUCGCAGCAAGUAAUGGGAAUGCGGUGAUUUUUGAAUUGCUGCUGCAGAAGGGUGGGAAUCUUGAGAUUCUCGAUGAGGAUGGGAUGGCACCAUUGUCGUAUGCUUUGCAGAAUCGCUAUGCUGAAGUGCUAGAGAUUGCCCAUAAAUUGAUUCUUGAGCAGAAAUUGGAGAAGAAACGGCAAGAUCGGGGUGUCCUUUCACCAGCAAUUCCAUCACGAUUGACACCCAAAAAUACUGCUCCAAAUCUCGAUCCAAGUUCUCCCUAUUACAUCUACAUAACACACCGGCGAAAGACACCAUCCUCAGCCACAAAUUCCCUGCAAGUGCCUGAAAAUAAGGAGAAUGAUUUCGUGACACCAAAAAAAGUCAAUCUCUUCGAUCUAACCUCGUCGAAUCUGCAAGAAUUCUCCAAAAUCUAUUCAGAAGGCAGCAGCAGCCGGAAAUCAUUCAUUGAAAGUUGGAGGAAAAAAGUCUACAAAUCCAGAAGUCGCGAAUCCGUCAACCGAACAGUCGAAGAUAUCGAACGAAUGAUCUCUUAUUACGAUGAUCUGGAAUCUAAUUGCCAAGAUUUCACAUCUUCGCCACCUCCAGCUGAGACUGAUACCUCUACAAAUGUCUACACAACUGCCAAUGAUUCUCUAGCAGAUUCCGCAUUGAUCCGACGAUCCCCGCGCUUCUCGAAGGAUUCUGUCCUGCAGAUGGUGGAAUUGUACAAGCAUCGGGAUACAGAGAACAAUAUUCAGUUCUAUGAAAUGAAGUACAGAGCGCCCCCGUCGGAAGAUCAGAAAGAAAAGGAGUCAGACAAAAAUUCCAGUCUCUCUUUUGCCUUCAAUAUACCAUCAGACUAUGAGACUGAGGCACUCAGGGAAGAAUUGACAGCACUCGGAGCCCCUCCAGGUCCCAUCACAAAGACCACAAAACAGCUUUAUGUGAAGAAACUCAUCCAAUACAAAAUGAAUCCAGAACUGGCGCAAUUAGCCCAAAAGGCCAGGGACAAUAUUCCAAACUUUUCCAUUGAGUUGAAGAAUGUGUUGAAUCGAAAGAAUUUCGAGCUGCAUUUGCAUGAGUACCUGAAGCUAGAGGAGAAGAUGAAGGGAAUCUUCCUGCAGCCCAAUAAUAAUUGGCGCGAGGGGAAUGUCAAGACGAGUUUUAUCUACUUCCUCAUUGAUCCACGGAUCUCAAAUAAUCUUCCUGCUACAAUUUCUCGCAUGAAAUUUGAAGAUGCUUGGCUGUGCUUCCUCAAGUCCAUUUUCUACGUGGGCAAAGGCAAAUGUAGUCGCCCGUAUGCUCACCUGUAUGAGGCCAUUAAACACUUUGAUGACUUCUACCUGCAUCAACAUCGAGAACAAGUACCUGUGACACGAAAUCGGAAACUAACCAGAAUUAUGAAUAUCUGGGACAGUGAAUGUGGCGUUGUAUGCCUUCAUGUCUUCCACAAUAUCCUUCCGGUUGAGGCAUUCACCAGAGAAGCUUCCAUCAUAGAUUGCCUGGGACUGGAGCAUCUGACAAAUGAAUGUAGCGGAAAAUACUAUGGACCCGUGGAAUCGUGGCCGAAGCGUGCCAAGAAACAAAUGGCCAUUGGAUUGCUGUACAAAGCAAUGCAAAUCCACCUGGCUGAAGGUGAAAAUCAAUUGGCCCCAAAGGAUCUUCUGCGCUGAGCAAUCUUCCAACGCCAUCUGUGAUGCAAUGACAAAAAAACUCGGUAUCGUGUAAUUACAUUUUUUCUGUUCAAGCUAUUCACUUGACAAAAAUUUAUUUUAAUACAAAAAAAUCGGAUAAAAAACACUUAAAGAUAAAUACGCAAAAUUUUUGAGGGAGGAAGGGAUCCAUCAACGAGUACACAUAGAAUUUCAUCAAUAAAAAAAUAUGACGAUGGUAAGGUGGGAAAUCUCCGUAAGAAUAGCGUCGAUGCGCUUCACUCUCCUAAACACUCUCUCUCGUUAUUUCUUAAAAAAAAAGAUACCCUAGGUUUUUUUUUCUACAAAUAAUCCCAUUCUAAGCGCAGUCCAUAAACUCCUGCAUGGUCACGUGAUUCCCACAGAGUUGGACACUCUUUAUCAGGGGCUUCUUGGACACUUCGUGGAAGAUUUUGUGAGAAUAUUUCUUCUUUAUCGUCGACAGUGAAUUUUUGAAUUUCUUAUGAAGGCCAUUGUUGAGGAGAACUGCCACACGAAAGAAGUCCCUUACUUUGUAACCUGCAAUAAAAAAAAUUAUUUUCUUUAUACAUUUAAUAAAUAAAAAUAAAUAAAAAACUUUAAAGAGAUAAAUUAUGCCAAAAAGACUGAGAAAUUUUACUUUAGAAAUAUUUUUUUUAUAAAGCUUUUUAUACAAAAUUUUCUUUCUGGAAAUAAAAUUUGAAUAAGCUGAA